AUGGAAAAAAAGAUAGUGCGCAAAGGGCCGCUGCCUGGAGGUCGCCAGGGCGCGUCUGGAGCUGGCGCUGGACGCGACAGCAUGCGGGCCGCCAGCCGAGUGCUUGGUGUUGCAAGACCACCUAGCAGCCCCCCGCAUCCAUCAUCCCCACCAGAAGGCUUGGUGUCGGCUGAAUCUUCUCGGACUCACCAAGCGGCACCCGCCGCUGGUGGAGCACGUCGCAUGCGUUGGUCUAAAUCAACGAAUGAAAACGCACUGCGGGCGUAUUUUAGGGCAAAAGGGGAAGAAACUGGAUGUUUGGCGUUUCGGGCUCGGAUGCAUCGCUUUUUUGCAGAGCUGGAGCCAUCUCUAUCCGUCACUGAGCAAAACCUGGCAGACCGAGUUAGGUACAUCCUGCGCUCCAACAUAUUUGGUGACGCCGAACUCAAGCGACUACGACGUGAGGCUAUUCCUUCAUCGAAUGGAAAUGCUACGGCUGGGAAUGCGGCGCCACUAGAUGCGCAACAAACUGCAUAUGUGGAUGCUGCCGUCAACAUUCCAUUUGUGGCUAAUUCAGACGAUGAUGGAAUAGUCUUCCACGAACUAGAGAAAAUGGGGAGCGUAUUGGAAGAGUCGAUGCUGGAAACGCGCAGCAUGCCUCUCGAAAAUCGACCGCGACUUCCCCGCAUACCCCUUAGCAAGCGAAAUCGGGCUGUCGUGCGGGCUCUUAACCCAAUGCUGGUGACCUAUUUGGAAGCCAGCCGGGACCUUUGCGAGACGGAUUCAAUUCUUUUUGGCGCCGCACUGGCAGUAUGCCGUAUUAUUGGCGCCAAACUUCCCGUGGCUGGACGUGCUACUCAAAAAAGUAGCGCCAUCCCAGCCUGGAGAAAAAGAAUUGAGGACCGUAUCUCAAAGGCAAGGGCCCUUAUCGGCAGACUGACAAGCUUCAGGUCGGGUAAUAAUAGACCGAGGAUUAUGCGCACUGUUAGGAUGGCGUUUGCUGGGACAAAUAUCAGUUUGUUCCAACCGGAUAUCACGCAAAAACUAACGGAGCGCAUAGGUGACCUGAAGCAAAAAAUCGCUGCUUGGGGGAAGCGGAUUCGACGAUUUAGCGAGAGGUCAAGGCGGUUCAACCAGAAUCGUCUCUUCCAGAGUGAUCAGAAGAGGCUCUAUAAAUCAUUGGAGCGACCAGAGGUAUGUGGAGCGGGCCCAGGACCGGAUCAGGCCGACACUGUCGCAUUUUGGCGUGGCCUGUGGUCAGAGCCCGUAAACCACAGCGAGGGCCCUUGGAUGGAAGUUGUGGCGAGCCAGAGUGCAAGUGUUACGCCUAUGGACCCCGUCACCAUAACGCCUGAAGACGUGGCUGAGGCGGUCCGAAGAGCCCCGAACUGGAAAAGUCCGGGGCUCGACGGGCUGCAUCAUUACUGGCUGAAGGGGUUCGUAGUGUGUCACGCUGUGCUCGCCCGACAGUUUCAAGAGGCUCUCGAUCAGAAGUCGCUCCCGAGCCUCUUCACUACUGGAAUAACUCACUUGAUUCCUAAAGAUCAGGAUACCACAGACCUGAACCAAUACCGCCCCAUCACGUGUCUACCCACCUAUAUAAGACACUGA